AUGGUCAAUCCUGCAACGACGAAAAUAAACAAGCCCAGACUUCCGAAGAAGAAUGGACAUCGUGCGUUGAAGGCCUGUGACAGUUGCCGACGUAUGAAAACGAGAUGUAUCCCAUCACCCAUUCCAGAGGAAGCUCAAUGUCUGCGCUGCGAUAGCUUAAAACUGAGAUGUUCAUUCCAAGAUCUAUGGGAAAAUAAUGAGAGUGGUGGGGAGGAAGUGAGCGCUCCCAUAAAGGUUAACACUCAGCGACUCAGUAAUAGCUCCAAAAACGGCAGUCGCGAAUCUGCUGAGUUGACCAAACGACUACUGAAGAGUGGGUACUCGCCGGAGCAUUUUGCAGUACACUCAAAACUUCUGCAAAAUGUAAACAAGAAUGUUUCUAGAAUAUUGAAUAUUUUGGAAAAUCAGCCAUCGUCCACCGUUGUAAGCGAACCUUCUAAAGCUAUCAAUUUCAAGGCUCAAGACAUCAGUACGGCUUUAAGAGAUGCAAUAAACUCAACUGCACCAUCAUCAUCUCUUCCAAAUGGUUUAGAACAUCUGCCAUCCUCAGUUGCCAGCACUGUGAACUCUAGAGCACAAUCGCCAAGCAUUAACGGACCAUCAGCCAAGUACGAGCACUGCCAUUCAACACCAUAUUUAACGUGCCCUUUCACAAUGAUGUCUCAGAUGGUUUCGCAUGACAAUAUCCCCUUACCCAUUCGCAAGCUUCACGAGCCUAGCUUCAUGCCACCUGAAGCCAUCAGCGACGUAGUUGAUAUGAAUCUACUUACACUUGAUGAAGUAACAUGCUUGGUGCAGUGCUUUCGUGAUGGAUAUGGUAAAUGGUGCUCCUUUCCGGAGAUACCGUCUGAGAAACUAGUUUCAAAACUGAGGUCAAGCAAGUCAUCCCUACUUUUAUCCACCAUAUGUGUGCUUGCUCUUCGAUAUACUACCCACUAUCAUGAUAUGAAGACACGAAUAUACAAAAAUUUACUCUACAAAUUGAGAACUGACCUAGAGCUUAGCCUUAGGAUAGUCCCGCAAACAGUAGAGUUUGUCCAGGCAGCCGUAAUUCUUUCACUCUAUGCGUACUCUUUAAGCAGUGACAUUAUGUCAAUCGACGCAUGGUAUAUCUCAGGGAUUGGCUUGCAGCAGUUUCUCACCCUUAGCCUCACAGGCGAACAGUACAGACGUGGUGAGGCCCGCAGUACGCUGGGUAACUUAGGCUUCCCUGGUGAUAUGGAUUCAAAUGUAUUUGAUGAAGACGACAGCUCCGACGUGCAAUUUCAAAAACUUCAAUUAUUCCGGCUGUGGAAUCAUCUCUGUAUGGUUCAUAUCACCAAUUGCGUGUUGUCGGGAAGGAUGUGCAUUAUUGAUGGUGUAAGGGCUGAUCUGUGCCGACGCAUUGUUGACUUCCCAAAGUCGACACAUUACGACGGAAUGAUGGUCGCUGAGAUCUCUUUACAACUUAUUCUUUACAAUUUUGUCCAACAAUGCAGCUUGAGCUCAUCAAAAGACCUUGAAAAGUUAGCAUUAAGUGACGCUGUACAGGAUGAGCUCCAUACGUGGUAUGACGAAUGGAAAUAUCUCCUGUCGCAGCCCAUCUAUCCAGGCAAACAAUAUGCAGAUUUUGCUCUUGAUUAUGGGCAUACAAUUGUACUCUACAUUUGGUGUCACAAGAAGUACAGGACCAAUAAAUUGGCAUCUAAUCAAGCUGAUAUAGCGUCACAAUUGACCACUAGUACUAAUAGUGUUGGAGAUGGCUACUUUCCUAAUGCAUUGAAUGCAGCAUUGCCCAUCAAAAGUAUCCUAGGUUCCAUGUCGGUGCACUCACAAUUCAAAAUGUUAGGGCAUGCGCACAAAUCAGUUGAAGCGAUGAUCAGUGACAGUUUCAAGAACUUCCGGUUUCUUUCAGAUCAAUUAAUCUUUCAAUGUGUCCAGUGCUCUCUGACGUGCCUGUUAGUUGCGCACAAUUUAUACUACUCGGAUGCGGGUCUUUUGCGAGAAGAACAACUUGAGCAGGUUCUCAGCGACGUAAAAAAGUUCAGUUUGAGAUUACAAAAAAUAAGGGAAGGCGAGCUCAAAAGCUUCUGGGUCGAGGAAGUUGAUUUACGGAUUCCAAGCAUCAUUUUACAAUACCACAAGGCGAUAGAAGCCAGCCUACAGGAUAAUUUCUCAGAAUACGAGAUUCAAGUUGACGACGAUUACUUGUAA